CUCUUAGCAAAUUAAACACAGUAUCUAAAACAGUUGCAAUUUUGUAAAAGAGGAGACUAUGGUGGCCGCCUCUUAUUCAUGGCUUCCAUUUCUCAAACCCCCGUUACCACCGCUAUCACCCUAUCUCCCUUAUGUCUUCCAUCUCAAAACUACUUUUACUUCCCUUCAAAACCACCACCAACCACCAGCCAACCACCGCCUCAACCGCUUACUUCACACGUUCUCUCUAAACCCAAUCACCUCCACCGCUGUCAUUUCUCCUCCUGCACCUCUCAAUUCCUCCUAUCCUCACCCCUUUCUCUCACUAAACCCCAAAAUCUUGAAUCCUCUUUCCCUUUAGACUCUAAUUAUCAUUCUCCUCAGACCAACACUGACUGUCUCAUUGAAGUUGACGAUUUAUUCAAUUUGCUUCGCUUGUCGGUCAAGUACACUGACAUUGAUCUUGCAAGAGCCUUACAUGCUUCCAUUCUCAAACUUGGAGAGGAUACCCAUCUGGGCAAUGCUGUCAUAGCAGCUUAUAUCAAGUUGGGUCUUGUUGUUGAUGCUUAUGGGGUUUUUAUGGGAAUGUCUACUCCCGAUGUGGUGUCUUACAGUGCUUUAAUUUCGAGUUUUUCUAAGUUGAAUCGAGAAACUGAAGCCAUCCAACUUUUCUUUAGAAUGAGGAUUUCAGGUAUUGAGCCUAAUGAGUACAGUUUUGUUGCUAUUUUAACUGCCUGUAUUCGGAGUUUGGAAUUGGAAAUGGGUUUGCAAGUUCAUGCUUUGGCAAUCAAGUUGGGUUAUUCACAACUUGUUUUUGUUGCCAAUGCCUUGAUCGGUUUGUAUGGAAAGUGUGGUUGUUUGGACCACGCGAUUCAUUUGUUUGAUGAAAUGCCUCAAAGAGAUAUUGCGUCAUGGAAUACCAUGAUUUCGAGUUUGGUGAAAGGUUUAUCAUAUGAAAAAGCCUUAGAACUGUUUCGUGUCUUGAAUCAAAAUAAGGGGUUUAAAGCUGAUCAAUUCACGCUUUCGACUCUUUUGACUGCUUGUGCUAGGUGCCAUGCUAGGAUACAAGGCAGAGAGAUUCAUGCUUAUGCCAUUAGAAUUGGAUUAGAGAACAAUUUGAGCGUGAGCAAUGCCAUUAUCGGGUUCUACACUAGGUGUGGAAGUCUGAACCAUGUGGCGGCUCUGUUUGAGAGGAUGCCAUUCAGAGAUAUAAUUACUUGGACUGAGAUGAUCACAGCAUAUAUGGAAUUUGGGUUGGUGGAUUUGGCUGUAGACAUGUUUAACAAGAUGCCCGAAAAGAAUUCUGUGUCUUAUAAUGCACUUUUGACAGGAUUUUGCAAAAAUAAUGAAGGGUUGAAGGCACUCAAUUUAUUUGUUAGAAUGGUCCAAGAAGGAGCAGAGUUAACAGAUUUCACAUUGACUGGUGUCAUUAAUGCUUGCGGAUUGCUCUUGAAAUUGGAAAUCAGUAGGCAAAUUCAUGGGUUUAUCAUCAAGUUUGGUUUCAGGUCAAAUGCUUGUAUUGAAGCAGCCCUGAUUGAUAUGUGCUCAAAGUGUGGAAGGAUGGAUGAUGCUGAUAGGAUGUUUCAAAGUUUGUCAACUGAUGGGGGUAACUCAAUAAUCCAAACAUCAAUGAUAUGUGGCUAUGCUCGAAAUGGGCUGCCAGAGGAGGCAAUUUGUCUUUUCUACCGUUGCCAGUCAGAGGGGACAAUGGUUCUAGAUGAAGUUGCAUUCACUUCAAUACUUGGCGUCUGUGGAACUUUAGGAUUCCAUGAGGUGGGGAAGCAAAUCCACUGUCAAGCUUUAAAAACUGGGUUUCAUGCUGAAUUAGGGGUUGGAAAUUCCAUAAUUAGCAUGUAUUCCAAGUGUUACAACAUAGAUGAUGCAAUUAAGGCUUUCAAUACUAUGCCGGCACACGAUGUAGUUUCGUGGAAUGGUUUGAUUGCAGGCCAACUUCUUCAUCGGCAGGGCAAUGAGGCCUUGGCUAUCUGGUCAAAUAUGGAGAAGGCAGGCAUAAAGCCGGAUGCAAUCACUUUUGUUUUGAUUGUUUCAUCUUAUAAAUACACCAGCUCAAAUUUACUGGAUGAGUGUCGCAGUUUGUUUCUCUCAAUGAAAAUGAUUCAUGACCUGGAACCCACUUCAGAGCAUUACGCCUCCUUAGUUGGUGUCUUGGGGUACUGGGGUCUCCUUGAAGAAGCAGAGGAGUUGAUCAAUAAGAUGCCUUUUGACCCUGAGGUUUCUGUUUGGCGAGCUUUGCUUGACGGUUGCAGGCUCCAUGCAAACACAAGCAUUGGAAAGCGUGUUGCAAAGCACAUAAUUGGGAUGGAGCCCCGGGAUCCUUCCACAUAUGUGCUUGUAUCAAAUCUAUAUGCUGCUUCUGGGAGGUGGCAUUGCUCAGAAAUGGUCAGGGAGAAUAUGAGGGAUAGGGGGCUUCGAAAGCACCCAUGUCGAAGUUGGGUUAUAAUUAAGAAGCAGCUUCAUACAUUCUAUGCAAGAGAUAAAUCCCAUCCCCAGUCAAAAGACAUCUAUAGUGGAUUAGAUAUACUAAUCUUGAAAUGCCUGAAAGCUGGAUAUGAGCCAGACAUGAGCUUUGUUCUUCAGGAAGUCGAGGAGCAGCAAAAAAAGGAUUUCUUGUUCUAUCACAGUGCAAAACUAGCUGCAACCUUUGGACUUCUGAAGACCAGACCUGGAGAACCCAUUCGGGUUGUGAAGAACAUCCUUCUAUGUAGGGAUUGCCAUACAUUCUUGAAAUAUGCAACAGUAGUCACCCAGAGGGAGAUAAUUUUUCGGGAUGCUUCUGGGUUUCAUUGUUUUUCUAAUGGUCAAUGUUCGUGCAAAGGUUAUUGGUGAUUGUUCUGUACUUACUAACUAGUCUCCUAAGCAUGAAUUCCUACUAGUAUUAGUUGUAUAUUGUUUGUAUUCAAUGGAAAUAGGAGACUCUAAGGCAAAUGGAAAAGAAAGGAAGAAAUUAAUUUAGUUGA